AAUUGUUUCCACAUCAAGUUUGUUGCCGGAAGUAAAUCUCCCACAAAGGGCUCUCGGCAUGUGAGUUUGUUUGGGUUUCCAUGUGGCACGGAUUUGUUUCAAAUACGGAAUAAAUACAAGGAACAUUUAAGAAUUAAGCGUAUGUUAAGGAGCAAUGGGCAAAAAAUGCAAGAAGGAAAAGAAACUGAAGGGAGCAGUGAAGACAGCUGUCAAAAUGGAGAAAAAGGUUUCAAAGAGGUCCAAACGAGAAGAGGAGGAUUUGGAGGCUCUGAUUGAUGAGUUUCAGAAUCUGGAUGCAAAGAAAACACAGGUUGUAGAGACAAUAUGUCCACCUCCAUCACCAAGACUGAAUGCAUCGCUCUCUGCCCAUCCUGAGAAAGAUGAACUCAUCCUGUUUGGAGGAGAGUACUUCAAUGGAAAAAAGACAUACUUGUACAAUGAUCUGUUUUUCUACAACAUCAAGAAGAACAGCUGGGUUAAAUCAGAGAUCCCCAACUCGCCUCCACCACGCUGCUCUCACCAGGCUGUGGUAGUUCCCCAGGGCGGGGGCCAGCUCUGGGUGUUUGGGGGAGAGUUUGCCUCCCCAAAUGGGGAAAGGUUCUACCAUUACAAGGACCUUUGGGUGCUGCACCUAGGUACACACACCUGGGAGAACAUCAAGUCACCUGGUGGUCCAUCAGGUCGUAGUGGACACCGCAUGGUCCUCAGCAAGAGACAGCUGUUGGUGUUUGGAGGUUUCCAUGAGAGCACCAGGGAUUUUAUCUACUACAGUGACGUUUUCUCUUUCUCCCUGGACACCUACUCAUGGUCACGCCUCAGCCCAUCAGGCUCUGCCCCCUCUCCACGCUCUGCCUGUCAGAUGACGUCCACACCCGAUGGCACAGGUGUCAUCAUCUAUGGGGGAUACUCUAAAGUGCGAGUCAAGAAGGAUGUAGAGAAGGGGACCAUCCACUCUGACAUGUUUCUUCUGAAGUGCGAGGGUAAAGAAGGCCAAGAGAAAUGGUCGUGGUCGAGGGUGAACCCCUCAGGUAACAAGCCCCCUCCUCGUUCAGGAUUCUCCCUGGCAGUGGGACCAGCGGGGCGGGCCGUGCUGUUUGGCGGGGUUUGUGAUGAGGAAGAGGAAGAGUCACUGGAGGGCAACUUCUACAAUGACCUGUAUUUGUAUGACACAGUGAAGAACCGCUGGUUCCCUGGCCUGCUCAGGGGAAGCAAGACAGAGAAGAAGAAACGACAAAGAGGGAAGAAGGGUGGAGUAGAGAGGGAGUGCGCAGAGAAGGAGGAGGAGAGGGACAAGGUAGCACCUGAAGGACCCACUGAAGUCAUCAAGGAGAUCGUCACCGAGGACGGCACACUGAUGAUCAUCAAGGAAGUAAUCCCUGGAGCAACAGAGGAAGAGGAGGGGCAGGACGGGGAAGAAGAAGAGGAUGAUGCUUCGGCUUCAGCCCCCCUGGUGGAGCCCUGCCCGCGGUCCAGCGCCAUGGCAACGGUGCGUCAGGGCAAGCUCUUCCUCUAUGGGGGGAUGUUUGAGGUUGGCGACCGCCAGUUCACCCUGAAUGACUUUUACUGCCUGGACCUGCCCAAGAUGGAUCAGUGGGAGGUUCUGGCUGAAAUGGACCCAAAGACACAGGAGUGGCUUGAAGAAUCUGACUCGGAGGAAGAGGAGGAGGAGGCGGGAGGAGCAGAAGGGAAUGAAGAGGAAGAUGAGUCUGAAGAGGAGAGUGAGGAUGAGGAAGAUGAAGAAGAGCAUCCAGCAGUGCAGGAGGGGGAGACUGUGACAGAUUACCAGAUCCGCACAGAACAGUACUGGAUAGGACUGGCACGUGCUAACAUGGGCCCAGACGCCAAGGACAAAAAGGUGGCCAAGGUCGCCCUCGCCAUGGCUAGAGUCUUCUAUGAAGACCAGUAGUGGUAAUGGUUUGAGUGACAUCUUUGUCAGUGCAGUCACAGGUGGAGAAUGGCAUUUGUCAGUUCAUGGACAUAUUUGGCAACUUGUAAAUAUUGAUGGGCUACACAAGCAAAACCAAAAAUGCUUUAAGUGUGACCAAACAGAAAAAAAACACUGGUGUAGGUGGUCAUUGUCCUAAGUUAUUUUCCCUGUUCACAGACAUAAAGCCCAGUCUGAGUAUUGCAGAAACCCAAGUUUUAUUAGAGGACUGAGCAGAAAGUAGAGGACAGUAGAGCUAAAGUGAAACAUGAUCUGGCCUUUUUCCUUUUCCUCUGAUUGAACUUUUUUUUACUCAUGCUAACAAAGUUGCUUUUCCCCACCACUUUUGCUAAGGUGUUUCUGUCAAGGUAACCUUUAUUAUCCCUGAAGGGCAAAUUGUUGCACAGCCAGUACGGAUGGGGUGAUGAGAUUUUUUUUUCAAUACAGUUUGAUGCACCAUAUGAUGUGUCCGAUCAGAUUCAGUCACAAUACAAUUACAAAUUCAAUGUCAACAAUGUAUGACUAGCUAGGGAACACUUGUACAGUGGAACUUUGGAUUGCAAGUAACCAGGUUUGCGAGUGUUUUCAAGACAAACAAAUAAUUUUGAUUCUAUGUACGAGCGAGGUCUCACAAUAUGAGUAGUACAUACGCUUUGUCUGGUGAGUGUCACAUAACGCACGUCACAACUGAGCCGAUGUUUCUCACGCUUCACUCUCAUAGUUAAUGUCUGUACUGCAACAAUGGCCCCUCACGCCAGCCUCGAUUCUUUUCAAAGGUAAAGUGCAGGUUAAUUUG